AUGACCACUAAAUCAAAUCUAAAAAGAAUUCGAGAGAUCAUUCUUACAGAUAAUGAUAAUAAUAAUGAAUUUGAUGACACUGUUUUUGAAGAUGACGAAUCGAAUUCUGAUUCUGAUUAUUCUCCAUCUGGAACAGAAUCUGAUGAUACAUCCACUGAUGAAUGUAUUUCGAAAGAAGAUGAUUCAUCUGAUUCCCACAUUAGUGAUGAUGACAUAAGCACCAAUACUCAACCUGAAUCAGUAGAAAAAGGUGGUAUUACAUGGUCAAUACACAAUAGUAAAGAUCAUGGUCGUCUUCGUGCCACCAGUAUAAUGAAGAAGAAACCAGGUGCUAUUACUGCUGUUUAUACAAUAGAAGAUGCGUUCAAGCUCUUCUUCAUAAAUGAUAUAUUAGACACAAUUGUAUUAUAUACAAACAAUUAUGCAAGAAGAUAUUUUGAUCAACAAAACCAAAGACGAUUAAAUACUGAUGUUCAUCAUUCAAAAUUAAUCAAAUGA